AGGCUGCAAACAAAGCCUACAACUUCAACUCCCGAACUGCAACUUCCGAAACGCAAGUUUCUACAACCGAAGAAACCAGUCAUGGCUUCCCACUGGACAACCGUUGCUGUUCUCGCCUGCCUCGGUGUGGUUGCACUGGCUCAGACCCCGACCAAACCUGCGUUCUGCAAGAGAUUUGACUGUCCUCUGUUUACUACUGAGACACGAGAGGGCUACGAAAUCCGCACGUACGUAUCACAGAAUGCCUGGGUCAGUACCUCCAUUACCAGCGAUACCCAAGAUCUUAAUAGGAGACAAAGAUCAAGCAUGUUCUGGAAACUCUUCGGCUACAUCCGAGGCAACAAUGCUGCAAGUAAGUUUAAGACCAAUCUUAAAAGUAUGAGGCUUGGUUGUGGGAGAGGGAAAUAA